CACGAUCUCCUCUCUUCCGUCUCUUCUUAAAAACCGUCGACGGCAAACACCUACGCCUGCACCGCUUGACAUAAUUCUACUCACCGUCUCCUAUUGGAUUUCUCGCCACCAUAUAUUAUUCUACUUAUUUUCAAGGGUUGGAAUUUUUUUUCGCGGAUAUUCCUCUUUUUUUUCCCUUUCUUAUGCUAUAUAAAUAGAAGCCCACACGCCAGCGAACCACAGGGUGGAGCGUGAAGAUACGAGCAAGGAACCAGCCUGGAAGCAUCAACCGGUCCGCCGUGUUGACACCAAGCCAGGAAAGGACAAGGGUUUGCUGGUCGAUAGACAAACCCUAGGCUUUACAUAGAUACCAAAGGGGGUUGGAUAGUACCCUGGCCUGCAUCCUGCUCCCUUCUAAUCUCCCCUUCCCUAUUGAUCUAUUCAUCAUCCUCUGUUGUAGAUUCAAUUUCCAGUUCCAGUCCAGGAUGGGCGAUGGAGGAGCCGGUAGCGCCCCGAUCCAGCAUCCGGCGCGGGAGCAAAGCCCGAGCCGGCGGCUGCCGGACUUCCUCCAGAGCGUAAAUCUCAAGUAUGUGAAAUUAGGGUAUCAUUAUCUGAUCACCCACCUGCUGACCUUGCUCUUGAUUCCAUUGAUGGCGAUGAUCCUGGUGGAGGCCGGGCGCUCCGAUAUCCGGCAGCUGUGGCUCCACCUCCAGUACAACCUGGUGAGCGUCGUGGUCUGCUCCACCUUCCUCGUUUUUGGCACCACCGUCUACAUCAUGACGCGGCCCCGCCCGGUGUACCUCGUCGACUACGCCUGCUACCGCCCCCCGGAAAGCCUCCAGGUCCCGUACGAAAAGUUCAUGGGGCACUCCCGCCUCUGCGGCGAGUUCAACGACGCCUCCCUCGAGUUCCAGCGCAAGGUCCUCGAGCGCUCCGGCCUCGGCCAGGAGACCUAUCUUCCCGAGGCCCUGCACGCCUUGCCGCCCCGCCCCACCAUGGCCCACGCCCGCGAGGAGGCCCAGCAGGUCAUGUUCGGCGCCCUCGAUGCCCUAUUCCGCAACACCGGCAUCAAGCCCAGGGACAUCAGCAUCCUCGUCGUCAACUGCAGCCUCUUCAACCCCACCCCCUCCCUGUCCGCCAUGGUCGUCAACCACUACAAGCUUCGCAGCAACAUCAAGAGCUUCAACCUCGGCGGCAUGGGCUGCAGCGCCGGCGUCAUCUCCAUCGACCUCGCCCGCGACCUCCUCCAGGCCCACCGCAACAGCUACGCCGUCGUCGUCAGCGCCGAGAACAUCACCCAGAACUGGUAUUUGGGCAACCGCAAGUCCAUGCUCAUCCCCAACUGCCUAUUCCGUGUCGGCGGCGCCGCCGUGCUCCUCUCCAACCGCUCCGCCGACCGCCGCCGCUCCAAGUACAGGCUCGUCCAUGUCGUGCGCACCCACCGCGGGGCCGAUGACAAGGCCUUCCAGUGCGUGUACCAGGAGCAGGAUGACGACGGCAAGGUCGGGGUAUCGCUCUCCAAGGAUCUCAUGGCCAUAGCUGGAGGGGCGCUCAAGACCAACAUCACCACGCUCGGCCCCCUGGUGCUCCCCGUCAGCGAGCAGCUCCUCUUUUUUGCAACCCUCGUCGCCAAGAAGCUCUUCAAUGCCAAGAUCAAGCCCUAUAUCCCGGACUUCAAGCUCGCGUUCGACCAUUUCUGCAUCCACGCCGGGGGCCGUGCUGUGAUCGAUGAGCUCGAGAAGAACCUGCAGCUCCUGCCUGUCCAUGUGGAGCCCUCUCGGAUGACCCUGCACCGGUUUGGCAACACAUCUUCCAGCUCCAUUUGGUAUGAACUCGCCUACAUCGAGGCCAAGGGGCGGAUUCGGAGGGGCCACAAGGUAUGGCAGAUCGCGUUCGGAAGUGGCUUCAAGUGCAACAGUGCAGUGUGGCAGUCUCUUCGCAACGUUAAACCUUCUCCCAACAGUCCAUGGGAGGACUGCAUUGAUAGGUACCCUGUGCAGUUAGUCGAUGGUAUUCCUUCUUCACAGCUGCAGAACUAAUGGUGGUUGUGUUGAAAAUUAGGCUGAUUGAUUGAGGGGGUUCGGUUAUAUAUUCCCUCUAAGGGACAUGAUUGGGCUAUUCUUCUCUUAGCUAUUGUCCAUCUAUUACUGGAUCUGCUAUUUAAUUAUGGGACUCAUAGGAUUGGCUGUCUUAGUGUAUCUGUGCAAGCACUUUAAAUUCUUGGAUUAUCGGAUUGCUAUUCCUGUAUUUCAAUAAUGUGAAAGCUUUCAGGCAUGGUGCCCUCAUGUGUGCUAAGGUAAAAUGCCAUUGGAACUGAGUAUUGACAUUAUGACUAGCUUCCUGCUUCCACA